AUGGAAUCAGACCCUCCCCUUCCCGUCCCGAUCUCGUAUAUCGCGGGUAGCUACUUUCUCUUCUCCAUUGAUGCCGUCACGUAUCUGAGACGCGAGCACCACAUCUGCGGCGUGCUCACCGGCACCCUGCCGCAGAUCCCCCAGCAGAAUGUGUUUCUGGGGUUGCCGCUGAAGCUGAUGCCCGAGGAGGCGCGGCUGCUGGUGGAGAAAGGUGUAGCUUGCAUUGUAGACGAGGUAAAAGCGCAGCGCGAGGGCAUGCGCGCCCUCCGUGAGGCCGACCGCCAGAAGUAUCGCCGCGAGCUAGAAUCCCAGGGCGCCCACGCCAUGCGGCUGCAGACCAACCGCAAGGAGCAGCAGCGCGAGGAGGCGCUGAAGCGGGUAGAUGCGAAGAAGACGGCCGCUAAGAAGAGGGCUGCUGCUGCUGCUGCUGCUGCUGCCGCCGUGGGUGAGGGUGAGGGUAAAAGUGCUGCUGGUACAGGGAGCGAUGAGCCCGCACCCCCAGAUACUGCUCCAGCUCCAGCUGAAGAUACCCCAAUGCCCCCCUCCUACCCGCUCUUCGCCCACCUCCACGCAGAGGGGUACUACCUCUCGCCCGGCCUGCGCUUCGGGUGCCAGUACCUCGCGUACCCCGGCGACCCGCUGCGGUUCCACUCGCACUUCCUGGUGGUCGGGGCGGACUGGGACGAGGAGCUGGAUCUGAUGGCGGUCGUGGCCGGCGGACGGCUGGGCACGGGCGUUAAGAAGGGGUUUCUGAUCGGCGGGGCGGCGCAGCAGAGGACGGAUGAGUCAGGCCCGGGUUUGGGGCUGGGGGAUGCGGGGAGUGUGCGGACGUUUAGUGUGGAGUGGGCUGGGAUGUGA